UUCCAUAACCUCAUCAUGUUCAGCUUCAGCACGGAACGUUCCAUGGGUCCCGUCACUUAUCGCAGACCCCCAGGAGAUGCCUAUCUUCGGUCUAGUUCUGUCUCCCUCACCCACAGUGGCAGUAGCAGCUUUCAGUCCCAGACUCGGAGUCGGCGAAGUGCCCUUUCCUACAGUGAAAGUCCCGAGCCCUCAAAUGGGCCAAGGGAUGAAAAAGAGGCCUUGCAGGGGCUGAAUGACAGGUUUGCUGGCUAUAUCGAGAAGGUGCGGAGACUGGAAGAACAAAAUCAUAACUUACAACAAGAAGCAAAUGAACUUAGAAAGCAGCAGGCUGGUAUCUCAGCCAUCGGGCAGUUGUAUGAAAGGGAGAUCCGAGACAUGCGUAACCAGCUCCUGAAAAUCAACUCUGAAAAUAGUCAAGAGCAGUUAGAAAAAGACCGGCUAAAUGAGGAUAUUGAGAUGCUGAGGAUGAAAGCACAAGAAGAGGAAAGAGUGAAAGAGGAAACUUUGGCUGCUGAGAGGACACUGAGGCAGUACCUGCAGGAGUGCAGCCUAGAGAGCGAGCAGAUUGGAAGAAAGGUGCAAGCUUUGCAGGAUGAGCUCACCCAUCUGGGCGAAGGUCACCACGAGGAUGUUGAGGACCUGCUUAGCCAGAUACAAGGUAGUCAAAUCACAACACAGCAACUGGGAGAAGUGCCUGGUCUGGACUUGGCAUCAGCCCUGAAAGAGAUCAGAGCUCUACUAGAAGGCCACAUAGGCAAAAACAACUUGCAGACUCAAGAAUGGUUCAAAGUGAAGCUGGACAGACUGAAUGAGGCUUCCCAUGUCAAUACUCAUGCCAUCCGCUCUACUAAUGAUGAGAUCACCAACUAUCGUCACCAGUUACAGAGUCAGAUCACUCAGUUGGAGAUACUCAAAGGAUCCCAACAAUCAAUGGAGCGCCAAUGUAUGGAUCUAGAGGAUCGCCACCAGGCAGAACUGGCAUCUUACCAGGACACUCUGCAACAACUGGAAAAUGAGCUAAGAAACACUAAAUGGGAAAUGACUGCUCAGAUUCGAGAAUAUCAAGAUUUGCUGAAUGUUAAGAUGGCCUUAGAUAUAGAGAUUGCGGCCUACAGAAAACUACUGGAAGGAGAAGAAUGUCGCAUUGGAACAAGUUUUGAUCGUUUUCCAUUCGAUGACAGAACUCCAAGAAUCCCAAGUACACCAAAGCAUAUUAAAGUUAAAAAAGAAGAAAAAAUUAAGAUUGUGGAGAAAUCAGAUAAAGAAACUGUAAUUGUGGAGAAGCAGACAGAAGAAACACAUGUAACUGAGGAGGUAACAGAAGAAGAAGUAAUCACAUCUCCUGAAAAGGAGCAUGAAACAGGUGAAGAGACACCUGAAGAGCUAUCAGAGAAGGAGGGGGAGAAAGAUACAGAAACGGAGGAAGUAGAAGAUGAGAAAGAAGGAGAACAUGAAGACAGUAAAUCAACAGAGGGGACGGAAGAUAGAGAAAGUGAAUCAACUGAGGGUGAGGCAGAAAAUUUUGAGAAACCUGAAAUCCACGAACCAAGCAAAAUAAAGGAGCCUGAAAUAAAAGCAAAAGACAAAGAAACAAAUGAUGAAGACUCAAAAAAGGAAGACAAGGGAAAAUCGGGAAGGAGUGAGAAUGGACAAUCAGUACAGAAAAAAGCGAAAGAGGAACCAAAUGACAAAGAUAAGCAACCUUUAAAAAAAGAAGAGAAAUCUAUGCCAGCGAAAAAAGAAGAGCCUACUAAAGAGGAUGAAAAAAUUGCCAGCAAAAAAGAGGAAAAGAAGGCCGACACCAAAGAUGAAAAGAAGAAACCUGCUAAGAAAGAUGACAAAGAAAAGGAAGAUGAAAAGAAAACUGUGAAGAAAGAAGAGAAGACAGAUGAUAAAAAAGAGGUACAGGGAGAGGAUAUUAAACCUACUGAAACAGAAGACAAGAAACCAGCUAAGCAGGAGGAAAAGAAGCCUUCUACAGAGAAAGAGAAGAAACCAAAACCAGCUACAGAGGAGGAAAAGAAGCCUUCUAUAGAGAAAGAACAGAAACCAGCUAAGGCUGCAGAGGAAGAUGAAGAAAAGAAACCUGCAAAAGCAGAGGAAAAGAAACCCACCAAAGAAGAAGAAAAUAAAUCAGAUAAAGCAGAGGACAAGAAACCACCUAAGUUGGAGGAAAGGGAAUCUGCAAAGGAAGAAAAGAAGAAACCAGCCAAGGAAGAGGAUAAGAAACAAGCUGAAGAGAAGGUAAAACAGCCUCCUAAGAAAGAAGAGAAGAAAGCAUCUGUAGAAGAGGAAAAGAAGCCAGCUAAGGCAGAAGAAAAGCCACCCACCAAGGAGGAAGAAAAGAAGCCAGCAACAGAGGCGAAGAAACCAGCUAAAGCAGAGGAAAAGCCACCCAUCAAAGUAGAAGAAAAGAAACCAGCUGCGGUAGAGGAAAAGAAACCAGCAAAGGUGGAAGAAAAACAAGUCACUAAGGAAGAAGAUAAGAAGCCAAGUAAGGUAGAGGAAAAGAAACCAAUUAAGGCAGAGGAAAAGCAACCAGCUAAGGGAGAAGAACAACAACCUACAAAAGAUGAAAAGAAGCCAGCUAAGGCAGAGGAGAAAAAGCUGACCAAAGAGGAGGAAAAGCAACCAGUUAAGGAGGAAGAAAAGAAGCCAGUAAGUACAGAUGAAAAGAAAUCCACUAAAGCAGAAGAAAAGGAAACAGUUAAGAAGGAAGAAAAGAAACUAAUCAAGGUUGAGGAAAAGCAGACCAUUAAGGAGGAUGAAAAGAAGCCAACUAAGGCAGAGGAGAAGAAACCAGCUAAAGUAGAAGAAAAGCAGGCAGUAAAGGAAGAUGAAAAGAAGCCAGCUAAAGCAGAGGAGAAGAAGCCUGCUAAAGUAGAGCAAAAGCAAGCAGUUAAGGAGGAUGAAAAGAAGCCAACUAAGGCAGAGGAACAGAAACCUGCCAAGGUAGAGGAAAAACAAACAAAACCACCAAAGGUAGAAGAAAAGCAACCAGUUAAAGAUGAUGAAAAGAAGCCAGCUAAAGCAGAGGAGAAGAAGACAACCAAAAUAGAGGCAAAGGAACCAAGUAAGGAACAUGAAAAGAAACCAGAGAUAGAAAAGAAACCAGCUAAGGUAGAGGAGAAGAAAACAGCAAAAGAAGAGCAAAAGCAACCAGCCAAGAAAGAUGAAAAGAAGCCAGUUAAGGAGGAAGAGAAGAAACCUACUAAAGUAGAGGAAAAAGAUACAAAGAAGCCAGCUAAAGUAGAUGAGAAAAAGCCAAAGACCGAAGAAAAACAGCCAGUUAAAGAAGACGGGAAACUGGCAGCUAAAACUGAUGAAAAAGACUCAUCUAAAGUUGAAGACAAAUCAUCACAAAAAACACCUAAGACAACUGAACCAUUAAAAAAAUCUGAAAAAGAGCAAGGUAUAAAAAGUAAAGUAGAGAAAAGUGAAAAGUCUUCUGGUACAGAUCAAGUAGAGAGUGACUCAACUCAGGUAGGAAAGAAAGGUGAAAAAUAAUGUAACUUAUUAAAGACUAGACCAAGCAGAUGGUUGGAUCCACCAAAGAGGUCAAUAGAGAUCCAAGAAUCAUACUCUGAAACUGUCAAUCUCAGAGACUAUGCCUUGACGUGGUGAACCCCCACUGUAUUUCUGUUGAGCAGAAUGAACAAUAAGCUAGCCACACACUAGAGUGACCAGGAGCAACAAUAGCUCUGCGGGUUGCUCUAGUUCAGUGGUUCAACCCUCUUCUUAAGAAACUGCAACACUUAUGUGCUACCAAUCACGUAGAAUAUGCUUAUGGGGUGACAAAAGGGGGGCAAUGGCAAUAUAAUAUUGCAUUAAUUAUUCCACUUGCAAUAGCUAUGAUUAUAGGAUGUAGGUAUAAUUUUGGGAUUCAUGGAAAUACUUUUGGGAUAUUUUGGCACUAACAUAUAAAGAGGGAAAAGGAAAAGCUAAAGAA